UAACUCCUCUGUCAUUUCUCCUAUCUUCGGCCGGGCGGCUGCCGCGUGCAGAGACCCGUGACGCGCUUCCGUGAUCGGCUCUCCCUCCGCCUGCAGCCCGACAGCAGCGGGACGCCGCGCCGCGCAUGAGCAUCACGGGGCGUCGUCAGGGACUCAGCCCCGGCUGUCACGGUUAACGGCGGGGGGGGCCCUCCUCCUCCCGAUGCCCGCGUGCACACAGCCGUGCAGACGCCGCGCGCUCCUCAAGGCUCGCAGACAUGAGCGGAAGACCGGGAGACCUCAGUCCGAAACAGGCGGAAGCGCUGCAGCAGUUUCGCGAGCGGAUCCAGGACCUUCUCCCUCAGCUCCCAGCCCAGCAUGACGCCUUCCUGCUGCGGUGGCUCCGAGCCAGAAACUUCAACCUGCAGAAGUCUGAGGCCAUGCUGCGAAAGCACAUGGAGUUCAGGAAGCAGAUGAAAGUAGACAUGUUAGCCAACGAGUGGCGCCCGCCAGAGGUGAUAGAGAAGUACCUGUCUGGAGGGAUGUGUGGUUACGACCGCGAGGGCAGCCCGGUCUGGUACGACGUCAUCGGACCCAUGGAUCCGAAAGGCCUCUUCCUGUCCGCCUCCAAGCAGGACUUCAUCAAGUCCAAGAUCAAAGACUGUGAGCUCCUGCAGAAGGAGUGCACCCUCCAGUCAGAGCGGCUGGGCAGGAACGUGGAGUCCAUCACGAUGAUCUACGACGUGGAAGGCCUGGGGCUCAAACACCUGUGGAAGCCGGCCAUCGAGACCUUCGGAGAGAUCCUCACCAUGUUUGAAGACAACUACCCAGAAGGCCUGAAGAGGCUGUUUGUCAUCAAAGCUCCCAAACUCUUUCCGGUGGCGUACAACCUCGUCAAGCACUUUCUGUGUGAGGCCACACGGGACAAGAUCUACAUCCUGGGGGCAAACUGGCAGGAGGUUCUGCUGAAGUACAUCGACGAAGAAGAACUGCCGGUGAUCUACGGAGGCAAACUGACAGAUCCUGAUGGAGAUCCUCGCUGUCGAACCAGGAUUCACCACGUCGGACCGGUUCCCUCCUCGUACUACGUCAGGGACCAUGUUAAGGUGGACUACGAGCAGUCCAUCACCGUCAACCGGGGUUCCUCCCAGCAGAUGGACUAUGAGAUUUUGUUCCCCGGCUGCGUUCUCAGGUGGCACUUCGCCAGCGACGGCGCCGACAUCGGCUUUGGGGUCUUCCUGAAGGCUAAAAAGGGGGAGUGGAAGAAGGCGGGCGAGAUGGAGGAAGUCAUUCCCAAUCAGCGAUACAACGCUCACCUGGUUCCUGAGGACGGAUCUCUGACCUGCGAGCGUCCUGGAGUCUACGUGCUGAGAUUCGACAACACCUACAGCCUCUUCGUGGCCAAGAAAGUCAGUUUCACUGUGGAGGUUCUGCUUCCUGACCAGCAACAGCAGCCGGAGGUCCACGACACCCCCCUGUAGGACGCGGUCCUGAACCAGAACAAAUGAAGCACUUUGUCUUUUUAAGUCAGACCAAGAAGGAAUUCAGGUGAAAGGGACUGAAGGAGGUAAACUGGAGGAAACGAGCCUCACAGAUCUGCUCUGCAGAGAUUCUGUCUUCAUGUAUUCGUCUUCCUCCUGUGAAUGAGAGGAAAACCUGAACAACAGACCAGGAGGCGGAGCCGCAGGAUUCUGUCUCCGGUUCUUCCUCUCAUCCGGCCUAAUAAACAUCUGAGUCUCUGCUCCAACGUC